AUGGAUACAGCAUCGGAUGGAAGUGUGGAGAGUUGUCCCCAUCUGAAUCCCAUUUCUUCCCAUUUAUCCCGUCUGUCCCAUGAACGGGAUCCGGUUCCACUCUUUCGCGAGUCUCUGGCGACGGCGGGCGGACAUGACAUCAGAGGGAUCGGGUGCUGCGGCCUGGGCUACUACCUCAUAACCAACCAAAAGCGCUUCUCGCCCUACGAGCUCGCCGGUAUCAGCGUCGGCUCCCUCGCCCUCGGUCUCGGCGUCUUUGAUCUUGGGCGCCGCCGCGGGAUCAGCGAGGGCGCGAGCUUUGCGCUGCGCAGCGGCGACGAGCGGAAGGAGGGCGAGGAGGAGGAGGAUUGGAGAGGCGAGUUCAAGGGCCGCGAAUAUGCGGAUCUGAAGACCGAGGAUAAGGUUAGCUGGUUGAGGAAGGAGGAGAAGAAAAUUAGAGAUAUGCAGGCCCAGGAGAAAUUCAGGUGCGGACAGGCGUACAUCGCCAAGGAGGAGGCGUACGCUGCAUAUGAGAAGCAUGGAGGAUAUGGCGGGCAGGAUUGGAAGAACUACAACCAAGCAGACGAGACAUGCCAAGCCAUGUACAACGAAUACCAACGGCAACAAAAGCGCCUCGGCCAAAUCCGGGUCGAGAUCAACGAGCUCAACGAGCUCAACGGCUCCUGAAUGAUACCCUUAUCCACAGCGCUGGCCGCCCCCACGAUCGCGUGAUCACAAACCCAUCCCGCUCGGGGAAAGGACGACGCGCGCAGGACACGCAUAUGAGAUUGCAACAAGCAAAAGAACCCCGAGACUUGUCGGAUCGUGAUACCUAGAUAGACCUGGAUGAUUUCUGGAUGAGCACGGAGGGAGACGCAUGCAUACCCGGUUCCGGUUCCUUUAUAAAUUACCUAUCUACAGGAUAGAGAGUGCAUCUUUUUUUUCGAAGAGGGUAUAGAUUAUUGUUAAAUAGAUCGGUCGGAGAUAGGGAUAGGAUAU